AAAUAUCAUUUUUAGUGUUCACACUUAUUUAGUAGCCUUUAUUAAUCCUUUUAAAAAUAAAUCAACAUGUAUAAAAUUAUCGUAGCUGUAUCGUGUUUAGUGGCUUUUGCAUAUUGUGCACCACAACAAUAUCAGCAACAACCACAACAAUACACAACUCCAAUUCCAAUUCUUAGACAAGAACAGGAAGUUAAUCCAGAUGGAUCCUACAAAUGGGCUUAUGAAACUGGUAAUGGAAUUGCUGCCCAAGAACAAGGAUAUUUGAAAAAUCCUGGAACAGAUGCAGAAGCUCAAGUUGCUCAAGGCUCAUAUUCUUAUACUGGCCCUGAUGGUGUCUUGUAUACUGUAACUUAUAUUGCUGAUGAAAAUGGUUUCCGUGCUGAAGGAGCACAUUUACCAACUCCACCACCAACCCCACCAGAAAUCUUAAAAGCUUUACAAUACAUUGAAAGCCAACCACAACAACCACAACAAAACCAACAACAAAACAGAUAUAACCAAAAUCAAUUCCAACGAUUCUAAUAAAGAUGACCGUAUUAUGCUUUCUCAUACACAUCAAGAAUAUUCAUAAUUUUAAAAUAUUUAAAAACCCAAUCAGCCAUUUAUUUUUAAAAUCAAUGACGAACUUAUUCUUAAUAUUCAACUUUUAUAAAAUUGUGCAUUUUUAAUAAAAUAUUCUAUUUAUAAAAAAAAUUAAUUUUUAUAAACAAAAUACUUUAAGCUCGAGUAGAUUUCUAGAAGUAUCGUUGAUAUCGCAUUUAUAAAAGUUGAAUAUCUCUCUUUAACUUACGGAAUAUCAG